AUGGGAACUCUUACUGGGGGAGUGGCUUCAUUGAAGAGAUUGGAUCAAAUUGUGGCCCAAUUGAAGGAACAUGUAGAGGGAACCAGAAUUGAAACUUCACCAGUGAUAAAUGUUGUUGAAACUUCAAGAGAAAGAGUGUCAAGGGAUAAGCAAGUAGUUGAUGAUGAACAUAGAGAUAGAAACAAUACAAAUUAUCAGAACUACCCUGGGAUAUCUAGAUAUUCAAAAGUAGAUUUUCCAAGAUUUUCUGGUGAUGAUUUGAAAUCAUGGCUAUUCAAGGUUGAGCAAUUCUUUAACUUUGAUAACAUUGCCAUGGACAAGAGAGUGGGAUUAGCAGCAAUACAUCUUGAAGGUGAACCAAUUAAGUGGCACCAAUCGUUUAUGAGGGCUGAUUAUAAUGACCCAAUGGAAGAGAUCAAGAAGAUCAGGCAAACUGGCUCUGUGAAAGAUUAUCAAGCCAUGUUUGAAAUUGAUACUGGUAGUUCCCAUAACUUCAUUGACCCUGAUAUGGUGAAGCAAUUAGGGUGUUCAACUAGAGUAACUACACCACAUCAAGUGUCUGCAGCAAAUAAAAAUGACAUGAGAGUGGAUAAGAUCUGUGAAAUCACUUGGUUGCUACAAGGUGCUGAAUUCACUGCUGAGGAAAAAAAACACUUGUUAAGAGGAGCAGGCAAGCAGGUUGUGACAUCAGGAGCUGGAAAGAUUGACAAAGUAUCAGGUAAUGGAUCACAACUUUGUAUGAUUCAAGUAGUACCUGCUAUGUUUUAUGAGUUACAUGGCCAUGCUUUAAAAACAAUACAAGAAUCAGUGGAAGAAUCUAGGUUGACUGAAUUGUUAAAAGAGUUCAAAUGUUUGUUUGAUGAACCUACUCAGUUACCACCAUUUAGGGGUGUUUUUGACCACCGAAUAGUUUUACAUUCUGGUACCGAACCCAUUAACAAGAGACCCUAUAGAUAUCCUUCUGUUAAAAAGGAUAUAAUUGAAGGCUUGGUAAAACAAAUGCUUGAUCAAGAGGAUUUAUUGGAUGAAUUAGGUGGUUCUAAGAUCUUUUCAAAGAUUGAUCUUAGAUCUGGUUAUCACCAGUUGAGAAUGGCAGUUGAUGAUAUACCAAAGAUUGCAUUUAGAACACAUUUUGGUCAUUAUGAAUAUUUGGUCAUGCCAUUUGGGUUGUCAAAUGCCCCUGCCAUAUUUCAAGGGUUGAUGAACACAGUAUUUCAAGCUUUUCUCAGGAAAUAUGUGUUAGUCUUCUUUGAUGACAUUUUGAUUUACAAUCAGAACCUUGAGGAUCAAUUAUUGCACUUGACAUAUGCUUUUGUAGAAAUGCAGAAACACCAGCUUUUUGCCAAACAAAGCAAGUGUUUCUUUGGUGUUCAAAAGAUAGAGUAUUUGGGUCAUUUUAUUUCUGAGGAAGGGGUUUCCACAGAUCCUCAGAAAAUCUCAGCUGUCAAGAAUUGGCCUAUACCAACCACUCUUAAACAACUAAGAGGGUUUCUUGGCCUUUCUAGUUAUUACAGGAGCUUCAGCUGGUCUUCUGAGGCUACUAAAGCAUUUGAGGAACUGAAGCUAGCACUUAUUCAAGUUCGUGUGUUGGCUUUACCUGAUAUGAACAAGACCUUUAUUGUGGAAACUGAUGCUAGUGGUUAUGGCAUUAGGGUUGUUCUGAUGCAAGAAGGUCAUCCUAUUGCAUUCAUCAGCAAAAUACUUUCUUCCAAGCAUGUUGCAAUGUCUGUAUAUGAUAGGGAGUUGCUAGCUAUUGUGCAUGCUGUCACUAAAUGUUCUCAAUACCUACUGGGUCAAAAAUUCAUUAUAAGAACUGAUAGAGCUUUGAAGUUCUUAAUGGAGCAGAAGAUCCACACUAACUCUCAACUCAUGUGGUUAACCAAACUCAUGCCAUUUGACUAUACUAUUGAGUAUAAGAAGGGGUCUAAUAAUAAAGCAGCUGAUGCUCUCUCUAAGGUGACUGGAUCUGAGAUAUUAGCUUUGGCAGGUUCUGAGUUGUUACAAGCUACAGCUCAAAGUUGGGAAACUGAUCCUGAAAUAAAGGCCAUACUGAUAGUUGAGAAGGAAAGGCAGAUUAGUGGUGGGCAAAGUCAUUCAGUUGAGACAAGACAUUAUAGGAUAUUGGCAUGUUUCUCCAAAUGGUGGUCAUUCAGGAGUGGAAGCCACCUUAAUAAGGUUAUUGACAUUAUUCUACUGGAAGAGCAUGAGAGAGGAUGUCAAGAAGUUUGUGAAAUGUUGUGUUACUUGUCAAAAGAACAAGUCUGA